AUGAUCAGCCAAGACCUUCAUAGCUCAGAGAAUCAAGUAGAAAAUGACACAACCAAUCAGGGUAUUACAGAUGCAUUUAUAACAACCAAAGAUGUAAACCAGAAACAGGUGUUAGAAACAAGCCAAGAGCCUGAUAGGGCGCUCAUCAAUGAUAAUUUUGAAAAGCAUAAUAUUUCACAAAAUUCCUGCUGCAAUAAUCUUCAAAUACUCAAAGCAGAUGAUUCAGAAAGUGUGCACAAUCAAAUAGAAGAGAGUUUAACAAACUCAACUAUUAGUUUCUACAAAGAUGGUUUCCAGAUACAAGUUAAGGAAGAAUGCAUUGAAAAUUUGGAAAGUCCGUGCAAUCACAAUAAAGAUUUUGUUUCAAUGACUGAAAAUAUAGAUAAGGAACGAAGACCUAUAGCAGCUAAUGAGGGAAUGAAUCUCAAUGAACUUGACACAGAAUCUGAAGAUAUACCAAAAAGUUUAAAAUCAGCACCAAAGAGAAGGGGAAGACCUAAAGGUAAAAGUUCCAGUAAAAGCAGCUCCAUGAAAUCCAAGAAGACCUUUCAAAACAAAGAGGAACAAGUUUGUGACAAUAAGAGAAAAUCAACAAGGAAUAAAGCAUUGUGUACAGAUCUGAGCAAGAAAAAUAGCAAAACCAAUAAAUUCAAAGGUGCCAAAGAAAUGAGGGUUGAGAUCUCAAGACUGAAGGACAGUGUUGGGGAUAUAAAUGAAUAUGGUGGUCUCCAAAAAUCUUCAAAGAAUAUUGCAAACUGCAAAAGCAAUUCUAAGAGAAAAAAAGGCAGUCAAGUUUGCAAAGAAUCCAAUUUACAAAAGAAAAGGAAGGCAAGAGCUGAAUUUUCUUUUGAAACUGACAUUAACAUAAAGCAAGAACCUGAGUCAUCAGAGGAAGACAAUUUUGACAACGACCCAGACUAUUUUCCAGUUAAAGAAGAAGCAGAAUCUCCAGUGCUCGGAAGAAGAAAGAAGCAUCGUAUAGGGCGUCCACCCAAAAUUGGAGACAAUCCUUGCAAAAAAUGUGAGGCUUCAUUCCCAACAAAGAGACUGUUAAUAGCACAUCAGAAAGUCCAUGCCAUCCCAAAACAGUCCUGCCGCUUCUGUGAUUUUGAAGCCAAAUCUGUUGUGGUUAUGAUGGAACAUGAAGCUAAGCAUACCCAUGAGAAACCAUUCAAGUGUGACCACCCAGAUUGUGGUUAUGCUUCUAGGUCAAAUGUAGAUUUGCAAAGACACAAAUCUAAACACUCCACUGAAAAGAAAUACAAAUGUCCAUAUGAAAACUGUGACUUUGUAACAAAAUGGCAGAGAAAUAUCCGCCAUCAUGUCUUGCGUCACACAGAUGAGCGGCCUUAUCCUUGCCAUCUCUGUAUUCAGUCAUUUAAACGUGUUCAAGAUCUCAAGUAUCAUUUAUAUCGCCAUAAUGACAACAAACCAAUCGCCUGUGAUGAAUGUGAUUUUAGAUGCAAAACCAAUUUUGAGCUCAAAUGCCAUAAGCUCAAACACAGUGAUGUGAGGAACUAUGCUUGUACCCACCCUGGAUGUACACAAAGGACCAAAUCAAAGAGUGACUUAACCAAACACAUGAAAAUCCACACAAACCAAAAAGAUUACAUCUGUGAUGAAUGUGGAAAGGGGUUCAGAACAAGAGCUUGCUUAUCUAAGCAUCUCCAAAGACACUCUGAUAUAAGACCAUUUUCUUGUGAUAUUUGCAAUAGAGCUUUCAAAGUCAAAGUUGCCCUAAGGAAACAUGUUGCUUUACAUUCAGAAUAUCGACCAUACUCCUGUGAAAUGUGUGGACAGAAGUUUUCCAGCAAGUCUAAUAAAAAUGUUCACAUGAAAACCCAUGAUUACUCAGACAGGCCAUACCCUUGUCCCGUAUGUCCAUAUGCAGCUAAAAUCCAAGGUCAUCUUUUAUCUCAUAUAGGAUCCAUGCACGGUAAUUCCUAUGCUUAUUUCUGUGAAGCCUGCAAGAAACCAUUUAAGAGAUAUGGGCAACUAAAAGUGCACCAUGUAAGAAUGCACCCUGAAGUUGAUUUUGGAAAGUUAAAAACAGAAAAUCAUAUACGUCAAAGAAAUUCAGAUGAUGGUACACUUACAGACUAUGCCUUUGAUGAAGACACAAUUGCUGGGGUUGAGGAUUGUAUAAAUUCUGUUGUUUCAAAAACAAGGGAAGCUAUGGAAAUCAAAGAAGAAAAUGAGUUACCCUCUGAGUUAAGAGAAGCAAAGAGAAAUGAGGAUUUUGCAUGUUUGGCAACUGUUAUUGAAGGCAAAGGACUGGAAGAUGCUGCCAAUGCCCGCAUAAUUAAGGAAAAAAGAAAGAGAGGCAGACCAAAGAAAAACAAACCUAGUGUUCAAAUACAACAGCUGAAAGUGAAACAGGGAGACAUGAGGGUACAGAGUGAUAUUGAAAAGUUACAUGAAAACCUUAUUUUGUCUGAAAAACUGUCAAUUGCUGCAGGGAAUGAUGAUGUUAAGGAUGUCAAGGAUGACAGUAUUCUUGAAAAUUUGAAUACAGAUGUCACAUUGACCCCACUGACACACGAUGAAAGAACAGAAGACGUUCAAGGUUCAGAGAACUCCAAGAAUGAAGAUUCAACCCAAGCUCCUGCAACUCUAACCAUUUAUGAGGGAGGAUUUAGACUGCCCCUGGCCACAAAAGGCUUUAAAUUCAAUUUUGACAAAACUGGGAAAAAGCCCAAAUCUUGGUUCAUGAAUCCUGACAACAUGCACAAGGGAGCUAGAGAGCAUCAGAUGAAAUACUUAGCCAGAAAGGACACAGAGUAUAAGUAUUACUUAAGGGCACAUAGAAAGAAGCUGGUGGGCAGGAAUAAAGUGCUAGAAAGCUUGGAGAGACGAAGGAAAAGUGCAGCCAAAAGAUUUGCGAUAGGUGCAUCGAGUUUAGUAAAAAGACGUCACGGUAAGGCGCCAUUCAGAUUCACAAAAGUUGUGGAGGAAGACGGGAAUGUUGGGGAUACACAACAGCAAUCCAGGAGUGGUGCAUCUUCAUUGUUGGAUGACAUUCCUGGACAAACUUUACCAAAACUCAUUUUUAAAAAGAAACCAGACCAGCAAGAAGAGUAUGAAUGUAUACAAAAAGAGGAAAGUAAAGUGGACAUGCAAAGUGAAAGUAGGGAGAACAAAGAAAGAAAUGAUGUGGAGGAUGAUAAAAAGAAGGAACCAUUGAGGAAUUAUUCAUCUGUGAAAACUAUUGAGGAAUCAAAGAAGGGAAAUGUCCAAAGUAAUAUAAGAGUAUGUUUUAAAAAGAGAGGGAGACCAAAAACAAAGAACAAAGAGAAAAGUGAUCUGAAGAACUUAACAAAAACACCACAGAGGAAAAAGAGCCAAACAAAGAAAAAAUCUCACCUUAAGGAUAAGAAAUCAGAUAGUAAGAAAAGUAAUUUGCAAAGCAAGAUUAAGAAUAAGAAAGUAGGAAGAGAAUCUCAAGGAACUUCUAAAGUAAAAAAGAAGGGGAGACCAAAGAAGAGUGAACUAGAGAAAUGUGUCCAGAAAAAAUGUAAGAUAUCCCAGAAAACUGCUGUGGCCCCUUCAAAGAGAGGUGGAAGAAAAAAGGCUCAAGAUGUGAACACUGGCAAACAGUCUGCAGUUGGUAAAGGGAAGAGAGGAAGAAGAUCAAAGGGUGACUUUGUUAUUGAAUGGGAGACGGGAGAUCAAGAAGCAUCUGUGAUCAUAAAAAAUGAGGAGGUGGAUUCAGAAAUGUCCGUAACAGAACCAGAUAUUUCUUCAGUACCUGAAAAUGGAUGUACAGGUAAUGUGAGUACUGAUGCCCUUUUACCAGAGAGAUUAACUGUGGUGGAUAACACUACCAUGGAAACAGUAACCAGUAUAAAAAUAGAACCUCAGGAACAGGCCAAUCACCAUGGAGACUGUUAUAAUGGCAACCAUGAUUUAACAGAUGCCCCUUUCAAACUAGAAGGGAGAGUACCUGAUGAUCUGCUGGUUAUGAAGGAUUAUGUUAAUGAUAUAGUGUAAAUGUAGAUGGUUAAAUUGUUAUAGAUUUCGACUGUGUUGUUUUAAAAGUAAUCAAUAUUAUAUUAAGGUUCAUAAACCCUCUGCUCACUCAUAUUAAAUGUUGCCUUAACUUUUAUGAUUUUCCAAAAGAUCUGUAUCUAACAAGUAAAAUACAAACAGUUAAAUCAUGGCUUGUGAGGCAAAAUUAAACAAAAAAAAAAAAGACGUCUCAACUUGACAAAUCUAUAAAGGAAUAAUAGACAUUUAUAUCAUUAAUUUAAGAGUUAUCUCUCUUAUCAGAGUAUCAAUGAACCUUAAUGUUUUAAUUUUAUUUAUCUUUAAAGAGUGUGGCUUUAAAAUAAUUAUGUGAAGCUUUCAGUGAUGUAGAACUAGAAAAUUAUGAGGCAUGGCUGCUCUUUAACAAGCCUGAUAAGCUGUAGUUUGAUGAUCUGAUGUGUUAUUAGUGCUCAAUUGUUAUUACUAUAUAUUGUGACUUGUCUCUAUUUUUGUUGUCAGUUUAUUGUCUGUUUAGUCAAUCAUGUUAUGAAGUUUGGAUUUUUUUUUUCAUGAUCAACAUCUAAUAAUUGAAAUCAUCAACACAUAUUGAGUAAUUUUCAAAAUUAAAGACACAAGAAAGAUACUAGUGAAUUCUUGUAACAGUGUUUUUUUAAAAAAGAAAAUCAUUCUUUGGCCACAUUUGUCAUAAUGAAGACAUGUUGGCACCUUGGAGGUAGAUACAUUUUAUCUUAAAAUCAAUUGCCGUUUAUUUCUGUUCAUCUUCUAUAUUAUUCCUUGGGAAAAAAACCAAAACAUUCUUUUGAACUCCUCCCAAUUAUUUCUGGAUGAUGAAUUAAAAGUAGGGGUUAAGAAUAAAAAAAAAAUAUUUGAAUUUCUAUAUAAAAAAAUACAUUCUAUAGAUAUGUUUUAGUUAUUAGAUUUGACCUCAUGAAUUAACACUCAUAUCAGAUUUCUUUAAUUAUGGAUAUACAGACGUAUUGGUAAUUUAAAUGUACAGGACUAGAAAUUCAACUGUGGCUGGAAAUAAUAUUUAAUUAGGGCACAACAAUUUAAUUUCUUGUUCAUUGGACAUUUGAUGAAAAAAUGAGCAGGCAAGCGGUGAAAUAAUAAUAUUAUUACUUUUUUGUAGGCAAAUUUUUAGGAGGAGUGUGAAAAAAUUUGAGCAGAAAAUUAUAUUUUUUCUGAUUUGCAGAGUAAGCAGAUUUAAAAUAUGAAAAAUAGUGCGGAAAUUGAAUAGAAAAUAGCACAGAAUUUCCAUGGUGCGGGAAAUCGAAAUAAAUAUUAUUUGUAUAGUUUUGCUUAAAUACGAGCAUGUGGGUCCGACAAACAAAUUUUAUUGGUGUGGCCUAAAGAAAACUAUAGCUUUUGUAAUGAUUUUAUUGCACAUUAUAAAAACAGUCUCCAUUACAAUCCUGUAUAGUUGAACUUCUGUAUCAAAAAAAAAAUUCUUGGAUACCAUUGAUAUGUUGAAGUCAGUUGGAAGUCCAAACCACUUUUUAAAAAAAUAUCUUUUAACCCUACAUGUAUCGCAAAUCAAAUCCAUGGAUAUUUCAAUUUUUUUUUUCUCAGCUCCCUUCAAGUGUGAGUUAGCAAGGUUAGACUAUAUUAAUAACUAGAUGAAGAUUUUUUUUCUUGGCGAAUGCAACUGUGUGUAAGAAGUAGGUUUUUAAAUUUAAAUGUUAAAUGUUUGUUGGUAUGUGUUGUUCCUUGUUUUCUCUCUUUAUAGUCAUUGUUUUUGUUGUAAAAAAAACUGUUCUCCAAAAACUUACUAGUUCUGAACAAAACCGAUCUAUGUUUUACAAAUUGCUCAUUUAUAUUAUGUUAUAUAUAUAUUUCAGUGAUAUUUUAUUCUUGUACUUUAUUUUUAUUUCAUGAGGAAAUCCAUUUGUAUGCAUAUUUUAUUUAUUUCAUAUUUCCUUAACUGGAGAACAUUAUUAUAUUUUACAUGUAUAUGCUUGGUAUUU